AUAAUAAUCUUAGAGUCUAUCAAAAUGCCAGCAUUGGGUUGCACAUCUGUACGGAGCCAGAUGUACACGACUUCGAUACUGAGAAUUACUGGAAACAGAUAACUAGUUUCCUCACAGCGCAUAGAUUUGAACAUGCUGCCACAUGUCUCAAAGAGCCCAGGUUGUUGCAGGCUGACACAGAAAAUUCUGCUGUGAG